GCUGUGUGAGAUUCCCCUAUUUCGAUAUUUCCCUCCUUUGAGGUUCAAGUUCCAAUGGUAUCAUUCUAACCCGACUCGGCUCACUGAGUCACUCGUAAUCCCGCAUCUUUUCUAUAGAGAAAUCUAGAUGUGUUGGUUGUUUAUCGUAUACUGACUCGGUUCGUGACGGCUCGACUCCCCGAGUCGCCUCGUUUUUUAUGUUUGAGAGAAAACUAGAUUGGAAGCGAAGCUGUAGUAUCUCAGUUUCUGUCGCUUUGACUUGACUCGUGAGGAGUCGGCUCACUGAGUCAGUCAUUUUUCAGAGAGAGAGAGAAAGUGAAAAGUAGAGAGAAAGAAUGGGGAAAUCGUCUUCCUCGUCGUGCUUGAAGAUCAUCGUUUGUGGUAGUGAUGCGGCCGAGAAUGACGAUAUCCAUUCACCUGAGGCAAAGACACCAAAUGAUAAGCGUGGGUGGAGCUUCAGGAAGAAAUCUGGCAGGAAUCGGGUGCUCGGCAACAAUGUCAGUUCAGAAACUACCACUUUUGCAGAUAAAGAAACCCCGCAAGGUGGUAGUAUUGAUUUUCAAUCUCCAGUAAAGCCUACUAGUGCUUUUGAGAAGCCACAACUGCCAAGACCAGUCGAGGAAAUUAGUAAACCUGUUGCUACAGAAAAUGAUAGUGAAUUGAAAACAUCAGUAGUGGUGGUCACUUCAGAAAAUGAUUCAACAUGGGAAGAAUCAAAAGCUAGUCAAAAGGAGGCUGCUUUCCAAAGUGAUAGCAAUAAAACCUCUACUGAGUACAAGAUGGUUGAUACUUCUGUUGUUUCAGAAUAUGAUAACAAGGAAACAUCAGCUGAAUGCAAAAUUGCUGAUGCUGUUGUAUCAGAGCAUGUUAGCAGGGAAACAUCAGUGGAAAAUAAAAUUGCUGAUGCUGUUGUUGUUUCAGAAUAUGAUAGCAAGGAAACAUCAACUGGAUACAAAAUGGUUGAUUCUGUCGUUGUUUCAGAAAACGACAGCAAUGAAACAUCUGAUGAAUCAAGCGUAGCAAGUGAAUCUAUUGUUUCAAAAGAGGAAAGCAUUAAGUCAGCUGAACCUAUACAAUCCGAGUCAGGGAUGGCUUCCGAAAAUGAUUAUGACGGCGAUAAUAUUAUGAAUGAACCUGUUGCUAUUAUUAUCAUUCAAACAGCUAUGAGAGGCUUCCUGGCUCAAAGAAAAUUUGUGCAGUUAAACAGUGCUGUUAAACUUCAAGCUGUUAUUCGUGGACAUUUAGUGCGGAGAAAUGCUGUUGAAACUCUGCAUUGCAUCAGAGCCAUUGUCAAGGUUCAAGGCCUUGUUCGUGCUCGUAGUUCAAAGUCAUUGGGUCAGAAAAACAAACCAAAUGAUUCUCAAUUUUCCAGUGUGAAGCUGCUCGAAAAUAGUUUCGCCCGCCAGUUGUUGGAGUCAACGCCAAAACCCAAAUCUCUUAGUAUUAGAUGUGAUCCAAUGAGGCCAAAUUCAGCGUGGAGUUGGUUGGAAAGAUGGAUGGACGUCUCAACGUCUGAAGCUGCUGAAAAAUUAGAACCUAGUGUGGAACCAGAGAUCGAGAAUGAGGCUCAGAAAAUUGCCUUGGAAGCAGAUUUUGAGUUUUCACCAGUGGCCUUCUCCGACUCGUUAGAUUCUAAACUCAGUACGAAGGAAGGGGGAAAACCACUGGAGAUUGAAGAAAACCCCAUCACUGAUGAUGUUACAACUGUCAAUUCCUGCUCAGCUUGUCCUUUGUCAACAGAGUUCAAGAUAGAGCAAUCUCACCUACAAAAGAAAGACAUAGUUAACGAGGAUCUGGCUUCUGCUCAGAUCGAGGCUAGUGCAAUAGAAAUCUCUCACACACAAGCCGAGCCUGUUCCCCUUGAUGAUAAACCUGCCACAUCAGUCACAGAAAUCCAACAGCCUAAACUCUCUAUGAAACGAUCGGCAACUUCAGAGCUGAAUGACGAGGAAAAGAAGUUUGUAUAUGGAUCAAGGAAAGCAAGUAAUCCCGCCUUCAUUGCUGCCCACUCAAAGUUUGAAGAACUUACUUCAGCUGGAACCUCAGAUAAAUUAGCUGUUUCAUCCCAUCAAGAUGUUGAAGCUGAACCCCAUGUCAACUCAGCCCUAUCCCUUGAAGAAAGUAUCAAGAAAACCAACAAACCUGGUGUUGUUGAAGCUUCUGGGACUUUUGAUCCACGUAUUCCUGUUGCUAGAUCUGAAUGUGGUACUGAACUUUCAAUUUCUUCUACUCUUGAUUCACCUGAUAGAUCAGAUAUCGAGAUUGUGGAAGCUGAGCAAGAAGUACGGUCUUUGGUGGAGACAUCUUGUCUGCCUGACAUUGGAGAAAAGCAAGAUUGUGAAGCCAAUGGCAUGUCAAGCAACUGCAUAACUGAUAUACUUUCUACUAUGACUCAUCAGGGAGAGGUCCAUGGGCCCGACGGUGUAUUAGUUGAUCUGGUUGCUGCUGAAGUCACCCCGCAGGUGGAGCAAAUAAUAGUAACAAAGGCAUCUGAUGUGCAAACUGGUUUUACACCUUUAAGUUCUGUGACCAUUAUGGAAUCCUCACCAGUGGAGAAAAGACAUCAAGAAAAUGGAUUUAAUGACAUUAAACCUACAAUGGAUCAUCAAACAUACAAAUCAUCACCUGAAGCUUCACCUCAAAGCCAUAGAACAGUCCCAGAAUCUCAAGGAACACCUUCUAGCCAAGCCUCAGUAAAAGGUAAAAAGAAAAAGAUUGAAAAACUCGGGUCUAACAGAAAACGGAGUUCCCCAUCUGCAGAAAAGAGGUCUCCUAACAAAAACGCCGACUCGGGUGCAAGAAGUAGUACUGAGAAUUUGCAUAAGGAUCACAAAAGUGGGAAGAGAAGGAAUUCUUUUGGGUCAGCAAAAUCUGACAAUGCUGAUCAGGAGCCUAGAGAUAGCGGUAGUCGUAUUUCUCUGCCGAGCUAUAUGCAAGCUACAGAAUCUGCUAGAGCCAAGGCCAGUUCUUCCCCAAGAUCAAGCCCAGAUAUCCAUGAUAAAGAGAUUUAUUCCAAGAAAAGGCAUUCACUACCUGGUGCAACUGGGAGGCAGGAUUCUCCUAACAUUCAGCGACCAGCGGCACAGAGUGCAAAAGCAAAUGGUUCCCAUCCUUCUAACGAGAGGAAAUGGCAAAGGUGAAAAGAUGCUGCAAGGAGCCGUAUGAACUGAUGCAAAAUGGAUAAUGCUAUUUGGUGUUACCGAAAUCAGUACUCAAGAAACUUUCCAUCUGAAGGAACCCUGUACCUUUACACUGAAGCUGACUAGAUUAUUCAAGGGAGUGUGAUUUUGGUUUGUGAAAUAUAUAGAAGGGUAUAUUUAAUUUUUUAUAUGUACAUUUAUAAUCACAUUUAUUGUUUUCAUUUUUCACCAACCGAGUUUUAUCAUCAAGGUUUGCGAUA